CAGGAGCGUAAGUGCGAGACGUAUAUCGAAGGCUUAUUAUGUGCGCUUACCCGGAACGCUUCGUAAUACUGGUAGCAGUUUUGGCACUGUGUCUGCGACCGAGUCUCUGCGUGGGUUCUGUAUAUGGCACCUAUCACCUCGCCACGAACGGUGAAGCGCAGAAAAGGUUAACGAAUGGUCGCAGCCUCGCCAUGACGCCGGUGAUGAAGGCACUGCAAGCAUCGAGGCACGAUCCCCAUCGCAAGGAGGGGCACUCUCGUGCCAAGCGAUUUGCUCCGAUACAGUGGUUCUACGAGGGAUUCAAGUCGGCACUCAUCAGCGAGGCCGAAAUCCUUCAGCGAAGUCUCGGCUCGCGUGGUCUCUGCUACCGUGACCUCGGCUGCUUCAAGCUGCGAGACAGGAUGAGGCUCCCGUACGGCUUCCCCCAGCGGCCGCAGAGGAUCGGUGCUCGGUUCUGGCUCUACUGCGCGCCAGAGUUCCGCCCACGGACCGUCAUCACCAAGGCGGCCUCUUCCUCAGCGUGGAUCCACGCCGGCUGCCAAAAAAAGGCCCAUCGGCCACUAGUCGUCAUUGUCCACGGCUUCUCCGAGAGCGCAGCUGCCUCAUGGGUCAAGGACAUGGCGAGAGCUCUGCUCAAAGUGAUUGGCGCCAACGUUCUACUGGUGGAUUGGCGUCGGGGCGCGGCCGCGCCCGUGUACUCAGUUGCCGCCGCCAACACGCCCGCCGUGGGCGCCGAGCUCUCGGUGGUGCUGCAGCAGCUGAUGCAGGGUAAUAAUGAUUCCGGCCUGGUGCCCCACGAUGUCCACAUUAUUGGCUUCAGCCUGGGAGCUCACGUGGCCGGUUUCUGCGGCAGGCACUUCCUGAUGCACACCGGCAAGAGGAUCGGACGCAUUACGGCGCUCGAUCCGGCUGGUCCUCUCUUCGAAGGCACUAACGUCUCGGUGUCUAGGGGUGACGCAGAAUUUGUGGACGUCAUCCACACGAACAUGGGCCUCUUAGACAAGUUCAAAUUGGGUCUUGCUGCAUCGGUGGGUGACGUGGACUUCUUCCCAAAUGGCGGAUCGCUACAGCCCGGAUGCCAUCGGUUGGGUUGCAGUCACCGAAGAGCGCAUGCUCUCAUGAUCGAGUCCAUAACCAACCACCACUGCAUCUUCGUGUCACGUCCCGUCAGCGGUAAAGGCGCUCGAAGCAUGAGAGGACUUAGCUUGAACUCACGGUCGCUGCAGCAAAACGACGUGGCUAGCCGAGGAGCCAUGGGAUACGACAGCAUCACCGCCAAGGGGCGCGGCAUUCAGUACAUCAGGACCAGGAGCAAACCGCCUUUUUGCAUUCCUUAACGUCACUUUGGUACUGCUCGGCAUUUGAAAGACAUGACUUUGUCACAAAUACCAUGGCGCUGUGCUAAAACUCAAGAAGACGCAAGAAGAGAGCGAGCGUCGGGGAAUAACGCAGA